AGUAUUGGCUAAUUCAGUAGGUUUGGUUCUGUGAUUCCUGGUUUUCUCGGCGACAAACUGUGAACUGAUCGGUGCUCCGAUCUUAGAAGACUCGAAGAUGGAUUUGGUCGCAAGUUGCAGGGAAAAAUUGUCAUAUUUUCGAAUAAAAGAACUCAAGGAUGUUCUUAGUCAGCUGAGUCUUUCAAAGCAAGGGAAGAAGCAGGACCUUGUUGAAAGGAUAUUGGGUGCUUUGUCAGAAGAACAAGGUAAUACAUAUUGGUUUGGGAUUUGAUUCCAUACAUAUGCAAUUUCUUUUUCGAAAUCUUGUUUGGAAUAUGUUUAUUUUUUUAAGUGAUAACCACCUUUUAUUAUUUGAACUUUGUUCUGUCAUAUUUUUCUCAGUUUCAAAGAUUUGGGUUAAUAAGAAGAGUCCUGCUGUUCGAAAGGAAGAGGUGGCAAAAUUGGUUGCAAAACUGGUUGAUGAUACUUACAGAAAGAUGCAGGUUUCCGGAACCACUGAUUUGGCAUCAAAGGGACAAUGCACAUCAGAUAGUAGCAAUGUAAAAAGUAAAGGGGAAAUUGAUGAUCCUUCCCAUUUAGAUAUAAAAGUUCGAUGUCCUUGUGGAAGUCCUUUGAAAACAGAAACCUUGAUCAAGUGUGACGACCCCAGAUGCGAAGUGUGGCAACAUAUUGAUUGUGUUAUAAUUCCAGAGAAACCUAUGGAGGAAAAGCCACCAAAUCCUGAUCCAUUUUAUUGUGAAAUUUGCCGUCUCAGCCGAGCUGACCCUUUUUUACAUACGAUUGGACACCUAUUAUAUCCAGUGAAGUUGAGUAUUACCAAUAUCCCAAAUGAUGGUACAAACCCAGUUCAAAGUGUUGAGAGAACAUUUCAACUAACAAGAGCGGACAAGGAGUCACUGACAAAGCAAGAGUAUGAUGUUCAGGCAUGGUGCAUGCUUCUAAAUGACAAAGUUCCAUUUCGGAUGCACUGGCCACAGUACGCAGAUUUGCAGGUCAAUGGUGUCUCUGUUCGUGCUAUUGAUAGACCUGGCUCACAACAGCUUGGAGCUAAUGGCCGUGAUGAUGGUCCUAUUAUAACUUCAUGCACCAAAGAUGGAUUCAAUAAGAUUACCUUAACUGGGUGUGAUCCCCGUGUGUUCUGUUUUGGUGUUAGACUCAUCAAGCGUCAAACAGUUCAACAGAUUCUUGCCAUGAUUCCAAAGGAAUCUGAUGGUGAACGGUUGGAAGAAGCUCUUGCUCGUGUUUGUCGUUGUAUUGGUGGUGGAGCUGCAACAGAUAAUGGUGAUAGUGACAGUGAUAUUGAAGUUGUUGCAGAUUUUUUUGGCGUCAGUCUACGUUGUCCAGUGAGUGGUUCACGGAUGAAGGUAGCUGGACGGUUUAAACCCUGUAUUCACAUGGGUUGUUUUGAUCUUGAUGUUUUUGUGGAGCUGAACCAACGUUCUAGGAAGUGGCAGUGCCCUAUUUGUCUCAAGAACUACUCAUUGGAGAAUAUUAUAUUCGAUCCUUAUUUUAAUCAAAUUGCAUCCAAGAUGAGGAACUGUGGAGAAGAUAUUACAGAAAUUGAGGUGAAGCCUGAUGGGUCUUGGCGUGUAAAGGCUAAAACUGAUGGUGAGCGUAAGGAACUUGGAGAUCUUUCGCAGUGGCACAAUCCUGAUAGUACUCUGUGUGCAACUGCUGGUGGAGAGGUUAAGCCAAGUGUUGAAAUGUCAAAGCAGAUUAAGCAAGAGGGUGCUUCAGAUGGUCAUACUGGCUUGAAACUUGGAAUUCGGAAGAACUGCAAUGGUAACUGGGAAGUUAGCAAACAUGAGGUCUUGAAUACCUCUUCUGGUAAUAGGUUAAGGGGUAACUUUGAACCUCAUGAGCAGAAAUUUAUUCCAAUGAGCAGCAGUGCCACUGGCAGUGGUAGGGAUGGUGAAGAUCCAAGUGUAAAUCAGGAUGGUGGGACGGCCUAUGAGUUUACCGCCAAUGGAAUUGAGCUUGAUUCCAUGCCUUUGAAUACACAUAUAGCAUGUGGCUUUGUUGACCAAGAUCAAUCUGCAGCAGCAGGAAAUGCGGAAGUUAUUGUUCUUAGUGACUCCGAUGAAGAGAAUGAAAUAUUAAUAGCUUCUACAGCAUAUAAGGACAAUCAAACUGAUGUUGUUGAUGGUACUUUUUCAGUGCCUCCUGGAAUUUCCCAUCCAUAUCCAGAAGAUCCGACAAUUGUGAAUGCUGGUAAUGCUUGCUUGGGUCUUUUUAAUGGUCACGAUGAAUUUGAGAUGCCUCUGUGGCCACCUGUAACCCAGGAAGGCGCAGGUUUUCAACUAUUUGCAGAUAUUGAUGUCUCAGAUGCCUUAGUUGAUUUGCAACAUGGUUCUAUCAAUUGCCCCACGUCAAUGAAUGGCUACACAUUGGCUCCAGAAACCACAAUAGUUUCUGGAACUCUUGUUCCAGGUUCUUCUGUUGGUCAGGGUGAUCCAGAAAUUGAUGAUGGCUUGGUUGACAAUUCAUCAUUUGGUGGAGAUGAUCCUUCUCUUCGGAUGUUUCUUUCAACACAGCCUUCAGGUGCAUCAAUGCAGUCUGAUUUGAGAGAACAAACUGAUGUAUCAAAUGUCAUCGGUAGUGCUGAUUGGAUUUCACUUAGCCUUGGUGGUGGGGCAACUGGUGCUCUUGGUGACUCAGGAACUGUGAAUGGAUUCAAUUCAAGGCAGCAGAUACCUUCCAGGGGAGGUGAUGUAGUUUCCUUGGCUAAUCCCGGUUCGUUUCCUUAUUUCUUUGAAGACCUAUGAGUUGUUUUAAUUUGUCAUCACUAAUGGCCAGCAGAUGGGAGUGAGUCUCAAGCUUGGCUAAUACACAAGUAUGCAAGGCAGUACAUGUAGAGCCAAUGUUUUUGGCUGCCUGACUUUGGAUCAACAGAUCUAUUCCAUGGUUGUUUCAAACUAUUCAAUUAUCAAGCCUUAAAGUCAUUUUCUUUGAAUUAUAAAGAAUUCUGUUAUGCUGCAUGGAAUUAAUUGGCAUAGAUUCCAACCUUAGAAUUCAAGUAAACCUCAAGUACAGAAUUAUGAUUCACUGCUUUACCACACCCUGGCUACAUCAAUUCUUUUCUGCAUAUAUUUCUUUCUUAUGGUCAUUAAUUACUAGAUUGCUGAACCAACUCUUCUCCCUUGUGCAGCUUCACUGCUUGGAACAAAUGAUGGUAGGUCAGACAGGACAAGCAAGCCAAGAUCAGAUGGCCCUUUUUCAGUUCCUCGGCAAAAACGUUCAGUAAGACCGAGAUUAAAUUUUUCUAUUGACUUGGACUCAGACUCCGGGUAGUCAGACCUUUUUUUGGCUAAAAUGAUUGGUCCUCCCUUUUGAGUUUUAAUGGAGAAGGCGGCAAUUCAUGGAGCCGUUUUGUGAUCAAUCUUAAACAAAGUCAACAAAGCUUCAUAUCUACAGUGAAAAUUGUCAAACACUGAGCACUGGCCUUUUAUAUACACUUAUGUUGUCUGUAUAUUUAUGACGGCCCCAUUUCAGCGUUUCUGAUUCUGUGCAAUGUAACACGGUUGUUACAGGCAUUUUCACUCAAGACAUUAUCUGCAGCUCCAAUUAAAUUGUAUAGUUAGUUCUUUAGAGUGGAAAAUUUGGUAUUGAUCCACUGGUUUAGACCUUUGGAUGCGGUGGAGAAACCACCUUUUAAGUGACACAAGCAUCCGUACCUUUACAUCUACGUUUCAAGAUGAGAUCAGAUAGCCUGUACAUCAUUUACUCGGAUCCAGUUAUUUAUAAGUGUUAUUCUUGACAAUUAA